AUGCUGGGGGCUGUGUGUCUCGCCGUGCUGCUGGGCUACGGUGGGUGCAUCUCACUUCAGUACAGCCGCUCCGGGGCUUGGCACCACACGUGCGGCGGGACCCUCAUCGCCCCCAACUGGGUGCUGACGGCUGCCCACUGCAUCAGCUCUAGCAUGACGUACCGCGUGGUGCUGGGCAUGCAGGUCCUGUCGGAGGAGAACGAGCCGGGCUCGGUGGCCAUGGGCGUGGAGAAGAUCAUCGUGCACGAGAAGUGGAACUCCUUCCUCAUCAUCAAUGACAUCGCCCUGAUCAAGCUGGUGCAGGGGGAUUCGGGCGGCCCCCUGAACUGCGAGCGCGACGGGCUCUGGGAGGUGAACGGCAUCGUCAGCUUCGGCUCCGGGCUGGGCUGCAACACGGCCAAGAAGCCGACGGUCUUCACGCGGGUGUCCGCCUACAUCGACUGGAUCUACGAGAAAAUGAGCGCGAACUGA